AUGGUCAUGGAUGUCGCUCGUACGUCCAUGAUGCAUGCGGCUGCCCCCCAUUUUCUGUGGCCGUUUGCGGUCCGGUACACGGCGCAUCAGCUCAACCUUCACCCCACGGUCUCUCGGCCUGCGAUGUCCCCAGUCUUGCUGUGGACGGGGAAGGUUGGCGAUGCGUCUGCGUUCUGUGUCUGGGGAUCUCGGGCGUUUGUCCGCGACUUGUCUGCGGACAAGCUGUCCCCUCGUGCUGCCCCCUGUGUCUUCCUUGGCUUCCCCCCUGACGCUCCUGGGUGGCAGUUCUACCACCCCUCCUCUUGUCGUGUUCUGUCCUCCCAGGACGUCACGUUCGAUGAGUCAGUCCCCUUCUACCGCCUCUUCCCCUACCGCACUCCUUCCCUUCCCCCCCCGCCGGACUUCCUUGUGCCGGUAGACGCAGUUGACCCGGUCGAGGUUACUGGUGACUCUGGUGCUGCUGCGGGUGCUGAGCCUGGGGGUGCUGCCUUUGGGGGUGCUGUGCCCGGGGGUGCCGAGCCUGGGGGUGCUACUGGGGAGGGUGCUGAGCCUGGGGGUGCUGAGCCGGGGGGUACUGUGCCUGGAGUUGCUGAGCUAGGGGGUGCUGAGUCUGGGGGUGCUGAGUCUGGAGCUGCUGAGCCUGGGGGUGCUGGGUCUAGAGCUGCAGGGCCUGGGGUUACUACGUCUGGAGCUGCUGAGACUGGGGGUGCUGCGUCUGGGGCUGCUGAGCCUAGGGUUUCUCCUGGUGCUGCGUCUCGGCGGGAGCCACUCUCUCCAUAG